ACUAAAAUCUGGAUCUCGUGACGGUCACUCAGGUCAAUCAACAUGGCUGCAUCUUUGUGGAGGACGAGUUCGUGCAUUUUGAGACGUUCACUGACCAUCUCAUCUGUGAGAUGCGCAAGUGGACCCCCAUCAAAAGCCGUGGAUCAACACAAAGGAAAAUUCCCUUCUGAUGACUGCCAGAUACCAGACAGCCUUGGCCACUCUGUUGGUGUUGAGAGAUAUGAACUGUUGGCUAAGGAGGCUGGCAAUGAUGACCCUUUCCAGAUGAAACCCAUUAAGAGGGCAAAGGGCACUUUUGAUGAACCAACUAUUGUGACUUCACCCAACGCAAAAAGGAUGAUUGGAUGCAUAUGUGAAGAAGAUUCACUAACUAUAAACUGGAUGUAUGUUCACAAAGGAGAGCCAAAACGCUGUGAAUGUGGCUACUGGUUUAAGCUGGCAGAUGCCCCAGUCCAGGAAUACAACUGAGUUCCUAUUGCAUAGUCUAUGUAGUGCCACUUAAUUUUCACCAUAUUUAUGUCUUUUCGUUUUAACUUGAAUAUGACAUGGUUUAUUUCCUUGGGGUAGAAUGUUUGCUUUCGAUUGUCGCAUUGUCCAUUUUGUUAAAAAUUCAAUGACAUAACUUUCUCUGAAAUGUACCAACUCUAUGGGGAAGCAGAACUUUCAUUUUGAAACUGUAGUAGUUCUGUUUAUUUCAGUCAUGACCAAGUUUUGGUUAUAUUCAGCUCUAAUUUUAAAAAAUAAUAAACAAACCAGUGUAUGUGGGACGGACAAAAUGACAAAAGUCCUGGUGUGUACUACAUUGUUGUAUGCUAGGGAUAUCUCAAAUCCAUGGGAUCCCUCCUGGAACAGAGAUGUUGCUUGUUUUACAUUUAAGUUUUAGAAUUGACUUUCAAAGUGAGAUUGAGAAUGAAUAAAUACCUUGUUAUGACCGAAUA